GGCGAUAAAAAUGGCGUCGCCUCUGCAACUGGAUCAUCUGCCAGCAGAUCCACUCCUACAUAUCUUGUCAUAUCUCGACUUUCGGGACUUAAUCAACCUCAGCAUUGUCAGCAGGAGGUUGAACGACUUGUCCAACCAUAAACCGCUCUGGAAACAUCUGUGCACAAAACACUGGCUACUAACAGAAGAGGAUCAAGUGAAGUCCACACGCUCCUGGCAGGGACUUUUUAAGGAAUACUACUCAGAUCUGGGACGGUACAUCCAGUUUUACCCAAACCUGAAGAGGGCGUGGGUGGAGCUGAAGAGCUACCUUCAGCAACGAUGCCCCCGUGUCAUCGCAUCCCUCAAAGAUGGCGCUACGGAAGAAGAGUUGAACAACAUGGAAGCUCAGAUUGGCUGCAAACUUCCUGAUGAUUACAGAUGCUCUUAUCGAAUCCACAACGGGCAAAAACUAGUGAUCCCAGGGUUGAUGGGGAGCAUGUCUUUGGCCAACCACUACCGCUCCGAGGUCUUGCUUGAUGUAGAGACUGCAGCAGGGGGUUUCCAGCAACGUCGGGGCAUGCGCUGCUGCCUCCCACUCACAUUCUGCUUCCACACGGGCCUCAGCCAGUAUCUGGCCCUGGCACCAGUCGAGGGCCGGAGUCUCUGCCAAAGCUUCUACCCUUCCCCGGAUCAGACAGCACAAGAGUCUUCAGCCAUCGACAUGUUCAUCACAGGCUCCAGUUUUUCUCAGUGGUUCCUCAGCUACGUCAACAAUGUGUUGACGGGGGAAUAUCCUGUUCUAAGAGAUCAAAUCUUCAGGUACGAUCAGGACCGGAGCUGUGUGGCCACUACUGGUGACAUCACUAUCUCUGUCUCCACGUCCUUCCUGCCUGAACUUUCGUCUAUUUCCCCUCCACAUUUCUUAUUCACAUACCGCAUCAGGAUUGAGAUGGCCAGUAGUGCCUCGCUGAUGUCCUCCUGUCAGUUGGACAGCCGUUACUGGAAGAUCACGUCUUCCGACGGGCGUGUGGAGGAAGUUCAGGGUCCAGGUGUUGUUGGUGAGUUCCCCAUCAUGACUCCUGGGAAGGUGCAUGAGUAUGCCAGCUGCACAACGUUCUCCACACCGUCUGGAUUUAUGGAGGGUCACUAUACAUUCCAUAGACUUGAUAAUGAAGAAGAAGUCUUUCAAGUUGCCAUUCCGCGGUUUCACAUGAGGUGUCUUCCUUUCAAGAAAGCCUCUGUGAGCGACGCUUCUUCCCGCCAUGAGGAUCAGGAUGACGUCGAAGACGAUUAUGAUGAACUGCACGGGCUGCAGAUGCCGGUCUACGAGGGCGGCUGGUGCCCCCGCCACAGCUGACCUGUUGUCUAGAGUGGGAUCUUGGUUGCUCUAUAUUUGCUGAAAGACAGACUGCACAGCCAGAAUAGUUGCAGUAUCAGCCGCCUCAACCUUAAUAGCUUUUGUAAAAGUCGUGGUUAAAGAGUUUCUGUGAGCGAUUAGGACUUGAAUGUGGCCACCCGUGGCUGCCACCGCUUCUUUGAACCAGCCAUUGAGUUUGCCUCAUUUCUGUCUUUAUUACAUUUUAAAGGUAAUGGGAUUUGCUCUCAGUAUUUUGGAUGCUCUAUUUGGUGAAUCAAGCGGAGAUCCAGCAAUAUUUAAUACAACAUUUAAGUUUCCCCAGUAUUUUCAUUUUCCAGUUCAAGUCAUCAAAUGUAUUUAUAUUUUUAGCAUUCUUUGACUACGCUUUCAUGGGAUUGCACUACAACUUUGGGAGUGUUUGACUGCUGGUGUGGGGGAAAGAUUAUUUGGGGGACUUUUUCCUCAUGAUUGUUUCUGUGUGUGGGUUUUGUAUUUUCUGAUUUGCUUUCAGGUGCAUGUUCAUAAUUGCAUUCUUUCUUGAAAGAAAUGAAAUGAAAAUAAGAAAAUUGUUUGUGGUGAAUGACCUUUUGACCGAUAGAGGGCGUUGGUUCAUUAAACAAGGUUUGUUGUGUUA